GGAAGAGCAUGGAUGUGAAGAAUAAAGUGCGGAAAAGUGAGACGUGACAAGGGUCAUUUAAGUAAGCAGAAGGCUUCUCGUAUCUAAACUUUUACCUUCUACCAGAGGAUUGCAAAGUUUAUUUUUCUAGGCAUUAGUAAUUUCUGGGGAUAAAGCUUCGGCCUUUUGCCUUUCUCAUAUAGAAUGGAUAUGCAAUCACAAUGAAAACCGACUUUACAACCGAGGCCGGAGGGACGCGUGUAAUUUACUAUUCUGUUCAGUUCGUCGAGAUCACAAACGACUGUGUGUAUGUGUGUGUGUGUGAAAAAUAAUGUCGCUCAAUUUUCUCAGAGAUGACAACUGAUUUUCACAAACUCAGAUUCACAUUUCAUUCAGAUCCGACUUCCGGCUCCAGAAUUACAGGGCGAAUUUAUAAAAAUAUGCGCACUUAUUUUCUCGGAAAUUUCUUAACCGAUUGUCAUAAACUAAGAAGCAAAUAAAAGGACUUGAAAUUCUUUAAAAAGUCCUCGAAAAGUUGAUCCAGAUCUGACUUCCGGUUCCGGUAUUACAGUGCGAUUAGUGAAAAUUUUCAAUUUCAGGAGUAUUUUUUCACAAGCGAUGGCGAAACGAGGUGCAUAUUAUUCAAAAAUUUAAAGUCUUUCUCAUAUAAAAAGUUUAUACAAUCACUUGAAAAAUUGACUAGUUAAAAUUGGCCCGGAAUGCUAAGUGUUCUAUAUCAUUCGAUACAGUUCAUCGAGCUGAGCUCUGCAUGAUACCAAUGUCAAACGUGUUGUAAAUAUCACUUCGGGAAGGGAAUUGUAAGGUCGACACCCGCCACCCACGGUUCGUUCCGGUGCUUACUGUAAACCAACUUCUUGGUACAUCACAAUGAACGCCCACCAAAUACCGGAGGCCCAACGACAGCGGUACGAAUCGGACCGACGGGCUUGGGAGGAUGCUAUCCGAGCCUAUACCGGUUCCGAUCCGCUGGAUAUUUGGUUCAACUUCAUCUGUUGGCUGGAGCAGCACAAGGUUUUCGAUAAGGAGGGUGGCUUUAGGAAAAUUCUCGAACAGUGUCUGUCCAAUUUCGAGAAUUUUGAAGCCUACAAGCAGGACGUCCGGAUGGUUAAACUAUGGAUGAAGUUUAUCGAUAUGCAAGCCAAUCCUUUGAAUCUGUAUCAGUUUCUUUACAAAAAGAAUGUUGGUACGCAGUGUGCUUGUUUCUACAUCGGUUGGGCACACUACUAUGAUGCUGCGAGUGCUUUCAAACAGGCGGAGUCUAUCUAUAAUCUCGGUAUACAGGUGAAAGCACAACCUAUGGAAGAGCUACAAGAGGCUCAGAAUAAGUUUCGACUGUCAAUAGCGCAGAGAAUGCUGUACAAUGACGCUUCAUCGAAAAAGCGUUCUGCCAACACACUUGUCGAACAGAGACAGCAAAUAACAUCGCUCAGCCCUCCACAGAAAAAGAUGAAAACAGAUACGGUAGAUUACUAUCCACCAUCACACGGGCAACAGCAACAACCUCAAACACAACAGCAGCAGCAGCAGCAACAGCAACAGCAGUCACAAGUGCAGCAACUACAUCGGCAACCACCACAGCAAACACAAGCUCAAACUUCUGCACAAGUAUCACAACAACAACACCAACAUCAAAUGCAGCAAACACAUCAGUCACCACUGCAACAGCAAACCUAUCAACAUGCAGCAUACUAUCAGCAACCACAACAGCAACUGCAACAGCAGCAACAACCGCCGCAACAACAAUCCCCGCAGCAACCAAUGGCUGCACCGACCGUUAUAUCUGCGAGUUCCUCAAUGACUGCCGAACAGUACUACCAACAGGAUAAACAAAAUUCCUAUUACCAAAGUAGCAAUCAAGCCAUUUACCAGCACCAGCCGACCGUUCCACCACAAACGCAAACACACAUCCCGCAAUCGGUGCAUUCGCAACAUCAACCACAACACCAUCUAGCGCAGCCUACGCUUCGACCAAGUCAACAUCCUUCACAAAUUCAGCAUCAUACCCAAACUCACCACACUGUUCUGCAUCAUGCUCCGGUGGUAACACAACAGUCUCAACAACCGCAACUUCACCAAACAGUACAAUCACCAUCGCAGCCAACCGCUCGCAUUCAAUCGCAAGUCAUUGUGCACGCUCCACCUGCUGCCACACAGCCAUGUGUUUCAGUUCAACCUCAAACGCCGGUUGCACCACCACCUGCUUCUGUGCAGUCACCCCCACCACCACAAACGCAAAGUCUGGUUCCACCACAGCAAACGCGACCGGAACAGCCCGUUCACAAAUCGGUCAUUAUUGAAAACUAUUCUCUCGCCAACGACAGCACUAUCGAAUGUAAUCUGAACAAUUCCGCGUAUGUCAUAUCGUCCUCGUUGAGUUAUGUCUACGAUGAUGCCGAUCUUACCGGCUACACGAUAGAACAGCCGACCGUGGAAAAGGUAGAGCUUGAUCCGGCUGCCAUUCGACUGCCGGCCAACUUUGCCCGGGAUGCCCGUUCCAACCAUGAACGGUGGGAUGUGCCGCUUUGUCUGGAGGAACCGUACGAUCCCAAUCGCAAAUGUUGCUACCCGAAGGGUGUCGUUUAUCCCGAUUUGCACACCGGUAAACCGACGAUGGAAUUUUCGAUGGAGGAGAUUAGAGCUCGAAAGUGGUUCCGCAGGAGGGAGGAGCUCGAGGAAGAAAAGAAAGCCAAACAGCAACAAUUGGAGCUCGAAAAGCAGCGUCAAAUCGUACUCGAAAAACAAAGACAGAUGCAAUUGCAAUAUCAACAACAGCAAGCUCAACAGCAACAGCAACAGCAACAACAGCAGCAACAGGUUCAACAGCAGCCUGUCAUAUAUGGACAUCCACAGCACCACAUGGUUACAAAGGGUUACCAGGCACCGAAUCAGUAUCAACAUGAUAUUUAUCAGCAACAGCCUCCAAAUCAACCUGCUCAUCAGUUCCCGCACGCUGUUCCUCCGCAACCGGAAACCGUAACCCCAGUACCUACUGUUUCCCCAGCGCAAACAGCGAAUCAUUACUAUCACCAUAAUCAUCAGCAAGUCCAUCAUCCGCCCGUACAACAGACAAAACAACCACAACCACCAUCAUCUGUUCAACCUGUGCAGCAUCCACCAGUCCAUCCCGUUCAACCGGUUCAGCAUCCACCAACUCAUCUCGUGCAACAUCCACAGAUACAAAAUAACUACCCACACUAUCGCCAUCCUUAUCCACAACAACCAAGCCCAUACCAAACAACACCUGUUCCAGGGCAUCAGCAAUCACCAAUACAACAACAACAACAACAACCACAACCCCAACAUUCGCCAUAUCAGCAACACUCACCAUACAACAAUAGUCACUACGCAGGAUACAAUCCUCAGAACUAUAACCACAGUCAACCGGUGCAUCACUCACCCGUCCAAGCGCAGUCUCCACAUCAGUAUCAUCCCAUGCAGCAUCCUCAUCUCGUCUCUCAGCAGCAGCAAACGCAUCAAAACUAUGCGCCUCCGUCACCCGUCAAACCUGCAAUCGUUCCGCAACAACCGAUGGCUAAUCCUCCAACAAAUCGAACAAUACAGCACAGUAGUCCUCCGGUUAGGCCUACACAAAGGUCUUCUGCUCCUGUCCCUGUACUGUCCCAAGCAUCGGUACAGCAAGUGGUGAAUCCGGUGGAUCCUCCCGUUAGCCAACAACAGAUUCAACGGCCAGUAGCACCGCCGGCAUUACCACCACCACCGAAAGUACAACCAUUGCCUGCACAGCAGCAUCCAGCGCAUCUUCGACCUCCGGCACCGGCAUCAUCAGCAUCAGCACCAGCAUCGCAAGUACAACGUACAACGGGAGCCAGGGGUGAUUCCUUUAACAAUUGUGAUGACUUUGAAGAACAGAUCGAAGCGUCCACGAUUCGCUUCUCCACGUCCACCGAGAACGGGACAAGUAAAAGCAAAACCAUCACCAUCAAGUUCAAGAAAGAAAAAUCGUCAUGUACAGCCCCUAGUCCAGUGAACACACCGACGGCCAAUCGCAAUCAACCGAAACCGCCGGUUUCGGCGGCUUCCAGCUCUAACGCAACUAGAAACGAUUCCUCGAAAAAGUCCAAAAAAGUGCCUUCCACUGCAACCAUUCCUAGUCCGGUGGUAUCUCGACCAAUUCUGGCAGCACCGCAGCCAAAAUCCAAAGCAACGGACAAAAAGAGCAGCAGAUCGACCAACAAAACUAAAUCAUCUUCCAAAUACGACUCGGAUGCGACAGUCGUUCCGGCUAGGCGAGGUAACGAUGUUAGCUCGCGACAGAAUUCAUUGUCGGAAGCAGAAGACGACGAGUCAUAUAGUUCUUCGCCGGGUAUUGGUCGAUCGAGAAACCAAACCAAAUCGAAAGCUCGCCGCUACGUUGUCGAUGAGGAUGAAGAAGACGAGGACGCCGAUUUUGAGCGUGACUAUUCGGACUCGGGCGAAGAUGAGUACGACGAUGAUGACGACGAUGACGCCGACGAUGAUGAUGAUGAUGACGAUGAUGAGUUGGAGGAAGAAGAGGAAGAGAAUGAUUCUUCCUAUCAAUCCAACUCGGAAUUCAACACGUCGUUUAGCAACAUUUCCUUCGCUGGUGAUAACAGCAACGGUGCUUUCAAUUUCGGAGGUAGUUCAUGCUCUACACCGAUGCGGAAUACUCAGACUUCAAGUGGGAUUUCCAAAACGUCAACCCCGGUAGGAUCGUUCCGGUUUCUGAAGAAACACGAAUCAAAUCUUUCGCUGGGACAGAAUGAAGACUCCAUGAGCUCGACGAUGGUGGAAAAUAGCUAUUUCCAAACCGAGCACGACGAAGAAGGCCGCCGACGAAGGAAAGAGAAAGCGUUGGCCAUUAUCGAUACUCAUUUGACUAAACCGUUCCUGGAUCCGUUCAGCAGUGAGCUGUGUAAAGCGUUCCUUACGAAGGUUGAUUUUCCCAGCCGGGAGAACAGCAGUGGCUACAAGGUGGUGAACAAUAAUCUACCCAAACUAAUCAAAUCACAAAUGGCCAGCCUGGGAGGUACAACCUACAGCAUCGAGAAGGAGGUUGGUCGGGGUUCGUACGGUUCGGUGUUCCGAGCGGUGAACACUCAUACCGGUGCCGUGGUCGCUAUCAAAUACCAAAAACCGGCCAACACGUGGGAAUUGUAUAUAUGUACCGAGGUGAAGAAGCGCAUAAAACAUCAUGCUAUCUUACCUGGUUUUAUGGAUAUCUGCUCAGCUGUGAUUGCACCGAACGCUAGCGUUCUGGUGUCCGAAUUUUCGCAGUAUGGUUCGCUGUUAGACAUUAACAAUAAAAUUCGAACCGCUACGACGAAGGUCAUGCAUGAAUCGCUGGUUAUGCAUUUCAGCAGUCAGAUUCUGGCGAUUGUUGAACAUCUGCAUACGUGCAACAUCAUUCAUGCUGAUAUCAAGCCGGAUAAUUUUCUACUGAUGCAAAUUCCAACAGUGGAAUCCGACAUACCGACACUCCGUCUAAUAGAUUUUGGCUGUGCUAUUGAUAUGAAUUUCUUCGAAAAGAAGCGACAAUUUAAGAAGGUGAUACAAACGGAUGGAUUCACUUGCGUCGAGAUGCAAGAAGGACGCCCGUGGUCAUUCCAGACUGAUUUGUUCUGUGUAGCCGGAACGAUUCACGUGAUGUUGUUCGGUGAAUACAUGCAACUAACGAAAAAAGCCGACUCGGGCUGGGAAAUUAAACAGAAACUGCCAAGAUAUCUUAAAAAACAUGUCUGGAGUGAAGUGUUCCAAAAACUGUUAAACAUCAAGGACAUCGAUCACAUGCCGAAGCUCAGUGUGCUCAAGGAAUUGAUUGAUGGCGAAGUCUUUAACAUGGAGUCUGAGUUGGUUAAGCACAUUCGAACGCUGUCGAAUCUACUGAAGCGCCGUUGAGGCGUGAUUGUUGCAUCAACCAGAAUCGGACCAUACUAACCCGAUCCGAUACCGAUACGUUAAGAGUUUCUUUUUGAAAGAAAGAUUUGGGAACUAAGAAUCUAAGUGAAAAUAGCAUAUUGUGACAGUUGAAAGAUGAAUUAAAAUACCUAUUUAUAUAUCGCAUAUGGAAUGCACUAAUCUUUAAUAGAUAGAAAGAGAGAGAGAGAGAGAGAAAACUAUUGAAAAUGACCCCAGAAUAGAGUCAGUGAGCUACUAUGUCGAAACAAAACAAAAGGAAAUACUACGAUAGUGCAGCAAUUAUGUGCUGUCCCUGUUAGAGGUAUAUUUAUUCUGAGCUACUAAAAAAGGGAAACUUUACUUGCUAUUUAAAAUACUACGCAGUCUAGAAGUACUGAUACAUUUAUACAACGGGGUACAAUUGUAUAUUUUGAAGCAUCGGUGUAUGUGAAAUGUAGGAAUGUACAUACAAAAACUAAUUUUGUAAUUUUAUAACCAUCAUAAUUAAGAAAAGACAAAUUCAUUGCUAAUUUGUUGAAUCCAAAGAGAUCUAGAUCCGGAAAACCAGAUGAUACAAUUCAAUUUGAUUUAUCUUUAAAAAUAGAUAAAAGCACAGGUUUUCGUUUAAAUAAUUGUAGACAAACAAACUUCCUUUUGUUGAGCCGUGUGAAAAGUGUGACUUAUUGCAGUUAUCAAACAAUGGAAAAAGAACGGAUGUACGUUGCAAACUAUACUUCCUUAUAAGGUUAAAUACGUUAAAGAAUGUACUAGCAUACUAGUGGGAUAUAAAUAUAAGACAGUAGUAGCCAUAAUUUGGAACGCACCUACA